AUGUCCUCCAGCCUACUUCAGGUUCCCUUCAAGCCUGUGCCGGAUCGACGUCACUCCGUCAACAACAAUACCGGGUCACCCCAAUCGCCCGUCAUCUCCCGAAAAGGCAGUGCUUCGUCUAUCACAUCACAUAAAUCCGAACCUGGAUGGAUGUCGGCCAUGAAUGGGAUCGAUCGCAGUCGGACUGGGUCAACUGCUAGCCAAACAUCACACCUUUCUACAAAAUCUUCCAGUGGCGGCUUCAGCAAACUCUUCGGGAAGAGUAAACAUGACGAAAAACAGAAAAAGAAGGGCAAGAAGAAGGAUCUAGAUCAGAUUGUCAUCACAUCACGUCAUGCGGCAGCAGUUAGGACCAAACUAGCACUUGAUCCAAAGCUCAAGAAGGCUUCACACAAAGACCAACAGCCCGUGGUCACUGGCACUCAAAGUAGUGCACAUUUGACUGCACAGGAGCAAGAAAUUCGUCGACCUCAUUCAGGCCCCCCUUCCUUGCGCCAUGCAGCAAAGAGUAACAAAGCCGACAUGCCUUUCCUUACCCGGAUUAUAAGCGGCGACGAAGCCGAUGAGCCGGAUGAGUGGGAGAGAUUGAGGGAAGAAUGGCGAACGAGAAAAAUCCCCGGAGUUGAAAUGCUGCAGGUUGUUGAGGGAGAGACCUUGGAUGGUUCAACAGCUUCAUCUUCUGGUACAGCAACCCCCGAGGAUAGGGAUGUUCUUACAAGUUGUUACAAGUCUGAUAUUAACCUUCCACCUACAAAACUUAUCGAAAGCGAAGGUGUCCGCCUCGUCACGGUCAAUAACCUUUCGUCUGAUACUGAGCUUGCGAGGCCAAGUACUCAGCGACACAAUACUCCAAUUGGGGGCAGGUGGAAAAAGGAUAGGGCGGGCGUGUGGAAGAGAUGA